UGUGCAGUGACAGCUGCCAAACUUUGGCAGCAAAAAAUUGAUAAAAAAAACAUUAAGGCUUGGCAAGAAAAAUCAGUGAUUCGUUUUGGUGCUUUGGAAAGGAAAAACGGAAUUCAUUCGUUGCGAGAUAAAAGCAGUGCUACGUGGACGGUGCUAGUUUUGCUCGGUGCAUAACAGUCUAGUGAAAAACAAUCCGUCGUUCCGCAGUAUCGCCAUACGCCAUCGCGUACGAUAGAGAGCAGGCAGUUCCGCAUUCCAGUGGUGGGGGUGGAAUUUCAUCCAGAAAUUAUCAUCGGUAUCGGUGCGGGGAGGGGGCGGUGAUACGGUAAUGUCCGGCCAUCAAUACGUACCGAACCCAGCGAACCUAUUUACGGACGAGGACGAAAUAGACGAUGAGCUGUUCUUGAGAAACGCCCGUCGAAACGACGGAUAUCUGCCCGCAGACGAUAAGUAUGGCAUGUCGAAGGUGACGGGGGCCGCAUAUACACGACCGGAUGUGCUAGGCCCCACGGCAGCAUACGAUGGAAGCGGGUUGGGAUACGCAGGGAGUAGCGGCAGUGCUGGCGGUAGUGUCGUAAGCGUUGGCCCCGGUGGCUACGUGAUGGAUAUGCCAGUGGCAGCAGGGUACGGUGGUUACGGUGCAGGUGUUGUUCCUACCAAGCCGCUCGUGUACGGCAGUGCGGCAAACAUGUAUUCCAGCCUCGGACCGGACGCGGCCGAUGUGACGGUGGACGACGAAAUCGCCCGGCAGCGACAGACGUUCGAGCAGCGGCGUCGCGAGCUGGAGGAAAGUACGCUGCUCACGUCGCAACGGUGCCUUGGGGUGUUACGCGAAACGGAGCAGGUCGGUAUUGCGACGGCCGAGGAGUUGCAUCGCCAGCGGGAGCAGCUGGAAAAGACCAAGAAGCAGCUGGACGAGAUAAACAACUCGCUCCGCUUCAGCCAGAAGCAUCUGAACAGUCUGAAGAGCGUGUUCGGCGGGUUAAAGAACUAUCUUUCCGGCCGGAUGGUGGCGGGCGGUGGUGGUGGUGGCAGUGGCCCCAUCGGUCCGGGCAGUGUUCACGGUGAGCACGGUGUGACGACGGCCGGUGGAAUACCGCGGCAGAACAUAUCAUCUCCGACACCGACCGAGGAGGACGAUCUCUAUCCGAACCCGCAGGAUUUCCGCAUUGCGGACCCGUACUGGACAGCGGACCAAUCUCCGGUACCACCGCCACAGGUGGCCGGUGACUACCAUCAUCAUCCCCAUCAUCCUCAUCAUCCUCAUCAUCCGCAGCAGCAGCAGCAGCAGCAACACCUCCAUCAACAGCAGCAGUUGGCUAAUGGUGGCGGUGGCAACAGUGCCGGAGGUGGCUUUAGCCACCAGCUGGACCAAAACCUGGACGAAAUGCGGGGCAAUCUGUCGCGGUUGAAGAAUUUGGCCUUGGACUUGAAUCAGGAAAUCGACAGCCAGAACGAUCUGAUCGACGACAUCUCGGACCGGGUGGAGGACGUGGACGUGAAGAUCGGCAAGCAGAACAAAGACAUGAACCGGCUGUUGCGGAAGUAAGGCGAAACGGUAAACUUGUACAUCGAAUUCGGGUCAGGGUCUUUGAGAGGUCUUGAGAAACUACUACCAUUUAUGGACGAUAUUAUUAUUAGUUACAAAAGAGGCUGGGAGGCCGCAAGGGCGCGCCGCCGUCUACCCGCCACAGACUGACCGAUCUGACCGGUCGAAUGUCGUUAAAUUGCUAUCGUUGUUGGCAGCCAUAGAGGGCAGUUUGGGCAGUUUAGAUACAGUGGGUGUUCUGUGUACAGUAUUUACAACCAACCCCGCAAAAAAAAAAAAUCGGCAAUCUGUUCCGCCCGCAUCAGGGACGAGACAAAGGCAACAUAAAAGCAGGGCAAACAAAGCAAAAGGUGUUAUCACUGAAGAUUGCAAGGUUAAGUACGUUAAGGUAGAAUGUUUUUUUUCUGUUUUGUUGAUCUUGGUUUGUUUCUUCACCACCUUUUACAAAGAAGUAGAUUAUGUUUCUGUGUUUUUUGAAGCUAUAGCGCUCUACUCUAAGGCUGUUUAAUAGUUUUUUCGGUUACGAAUCGACGAGGAAGAAGUUUUAGUUAGUUUGUAUGAUCGACGAGUAUCUAUAUAUAUAUACAUAUGGCGGAAGAAUUUACAUAUUUAAUAUUACUUUCGUAGCAUAUUUUUCCCUAUCGCUAAGAACGGGAACGUUUUCUCCUCAGAUUUAAACGGGCACCCAAUCGGUUUAUGGGUACGGUGCCAUCUGCAACAUCACAAAACAGCGUGUUCUAGUUGAUGAUUCAGUUUCACUUAGGGUGAGGGAAUUGUACGUGUUAGGAAGGAAUGGGGCCGGACAGCAGCAAACAAAAAACAAAAAAUGGACAAACAAAAGUUACAAGUAUAUUCUAAUCACGUGCAUGAACGUUAUACAUACAAAAUAUAUGAUACACAUCUUCAAGCAAACACAACCCAAAACAAAACAAAAAAAGAAAACUUACAAAAGCUACCAACUAAAAUCCAAAAUGAACAUUAUAUUCUACCAAAUCGAAUAAAUGUAAAUAAUCAAACACGCGCCAGAGAGGAGAGAAUAGUAAUAGGUGAUUCCCAAACUUCAUACAUCACAUACAACUGUGUCAGGCUAAACGGGAUUUGAUCGCCGGCCACUCUUAUAGACUGUUCUAAUAACGAAUGUUCCGUUCAAUCCUUCAACACGCUAGAACUUCUUCUACUUGCUUGCACUACCUUAGAUACCGAACGGCAUACCGUGGCAGAAAGCAGAAGGAUCUGUUCAUAGUCGCAGGAUAGGCAAAACAAAACUACUACCCAACAAAAUAAACAAAAAAAAAACAUGAAACGUAAACGUAACCAGAUGUCUUAAAAAAAUCAGAUUCCAAUCUAAAGAAAGAUUCCUAUUCUUAAAUCCAACUCUAAUACAAAAUAAAAAAAAAACAUUCUGACACACUUUCCUUCCUUCCUUCAUCACCUUUGAUACUUGAAUUGAUCAUAAGAAAAAGAAGUAAAAAAAAAGAAACACAUUUCCACACAAACAUACACAUACGAUGAUGAUAUUGUUAGAUAAUCUGAUUGAAAUGGUAAUGAUAGAGCAGCAUAUAAUACAAAAAUUUAAAAUGUACACGGAAAGGAAUUAGAUAGACAGCAACAGCAACACAGCCACCGGGAAGGGUUCAAACCACAACGGGUCCGGCACUAGCUUUAGAGAAUGCAAUCAGGUUGCAAGUGGAGCAAAACGUAAACGUAAUGCAAAAUAAGUAUCAUACAAACAAGAAUUAAAAAAAAAAACCAAACCAAAAAACAUUAACAAAAAAAAACAAAUCAUAUACAAAAACAUAUAUUUGUAAGCGAGAGAGAUAGAGCCCACAACAGCGAGAAGCCGAACGGUGCGCGAUCGAUCUGUCCUUGCUGGGCCAGAUGAUGAUCAGGUGGUGGUGCUGGUGUGGCAAUAGGGUUUUUGGUAACGCAUGUGCAAUGAUACGGAACAAAAAAAAAACAAACAGCUAAACGCUCAAAAAACAAAUGCAUACCACUCAUACCCUCACUGGAUUGUUUAGCAAUAAUUAUUACAUUUAUUACAAUGAUUACCGAGAGACAAAUGUGGGGCGAGACGAAGCGAUCAGCAAAACAAAAACACAAAAAAAGGACACACUCGUUUAUGUGCGGAUAUAUUUGAAAUAAAGGAGACUCGUUACAAUUUAGUCAGACGAUACGUGCAAUCAA